GUGUGUUCUCUGGGACCAGCUUUAUUGGCUUUUCUUAUCUUGGUUGUAUUUAAUCAUGAUUUAUUAUUUAUAUAUGAUGAAAAGUGGCGUCAGCUUGCUACAUUCUGCCCCUUGCACUUUAUACUUCUCUUUUAACUUCGAACACACUUGGGAAUCUCUGUGCGUGUUUGGAAUGUUUGUGUUUCCCUAGCCCUCCCCAUAUCCAGCGAGCAAACACAUUUAAAAAGUUUUGGGACUUGUACCUUCCGACCUUUAGAUAACGAUAUCAGCGCAGCCGUGACAGGUACGGGUACAAUUGCCUCACUGGUACGAUUGUCUGGCCUUUUGUUGUCUGGCUUUUUGUUGGCGCAUCUUUCGUGUUUACCCGUCUGGGUAGUAGCAAUCAAUUGUGACGAUAGCAUACCACUCCAGUUCGCACGCUAGGCUCGCACGCACCCUGCCUGAUAUCCAAAGGAACUGGUGAACUGAAAUCACAAUGGAGAUUCUCUCGGCCUUGACCGUCCUCGAUGUUCGGUCGCUUCUCCUCGGGAUCGCCGUGUUUCUCGUCGUGUUGCGGUUCCUUCGUCGACCGCGGAAUCUGCCUCCCGGGCCCUGGGGCUGGCCCUUCCUGGGAAACCUCCCACAACUGACGUGGUACGGAGGCGAGCUGCACGAGAACAUCUCGAAGCUGACUGCCAGAUACGGUGAUGUUGUAAGCAUCAAUCUGGCAGGAAUACCUGUGGUCGUUCUGCAUGGGCAUCAUACGGUGAAAGAGGCGUUCUCUCGGCAGCAGCUCAGCGACAGACCACCCGCUUACACGACUGAGAUGGUUGCCCGUGGGAAAGGUUUCCUUGCAUCCUCGGGCGAGAACUGGGUGGAGCUCCGUCGUUUCUCCAUGACCGUUCUCAGGAAACUCGGAGUGGGCAAGUCGGCAUUCGAGCAGAACAUCGUCACAGAAGCCGAGAUCUUCAUUGAGGAGGUCAAGAGACACGGCGGCAAGGCGUACGACCCGAAGCACGCCCUGGGCAAUGCCGUUUCUAACAUCAUCAGCAUGGUGGUGUUCGGCAAACGGUUCCAGUACACCGACCCGGCGUUUAAGCGCCUCCUUCAGGUCCUAAACGAUGUCUUUGUGCAGGCUGGGGCAGGGAGCGUGUUCGAAUUCUCACCGGUGUUCAACAAGCUGACCAUGCUCCCAUAUUUGCGGACAUAUGUCGCCAGCUUGAAGAACUUCUACGGUCACAUCAACCAACUCUUGAAAGAGCACAGCAAGGAGAAGACUGCCAAUCAUCAUGAAGAUUUGGUUGAUAUUUUUUUGAGUGAGCGGAAAAUUAAGGAGCAACAGGGCGUGGAGAAUGCAGCUCUGCGACCGGAGAAUUUGCAGCACAUCGUUGCCGACCUGUUCGGGGCCGGGUCCGAGACCACCGCCACCACUCUCCAAUGGGGCAUGCUGUAUAUGAUGGCGUACCCUGAGAUACAAACCCGGGUCCAGAAGGAACUGGAUGACGUCACUGGUCGCAAUCGACUGCCCAGAAUCGCAGACAAGCCUGACCUACCGUAUACGGAAGCAGUGUUGUGUGAGAUUCAGCGCAUUGGAACCAUCACACCGCUGGCUCUGCCUCACCGAAGUACAGAGGAUACCAUCAUCGCCGGCUAUAAUAUUCCCAAAGGUACGACCAUCAUGUGUAACAUCUGGCACAACCACUACGACCCACUGGUAUGGGAAGAGCCUGAAAAGUUUCGUCCGGAGCGAUUCCUUGAUGGAGAUGGCAAGUUUCGUCCCCGAGAGGAGUUCAUGCCAUUCGGAUCUGGUCGCCGCAUGUGUCUGGGAGAGCACCUGGCCAAGAUGGAGCUCUUCGUCUUCUUCACGUACCUUAUGCAUCACUUCACGAUCAAGAAACCCGACCAUGUUCCCGCCGUGUCCUUCGCAGUAGUGAAAAACAGCUCCGUGAGGUCGCUACAGAACUUUGACAUCUGUGCCGUUGCCAGGGAAUAGGCCAUAUUUUGGACGAAUAGCGGGGAGCUGUAACGACGCAAUUUUCUGGGUUCAAACAGUAGAAUUAACUUAGCAGUUUGGUGCCUUACUUUAAUCUUACAAAAUAGAGAUAGAAAAUAAGUUAUUUUGAAUCACAACAGCAUGUACAUUAACGUUGUGACUACCAAUAACCUUGAGUUUAGGUCUGUUUCUACUCACACUAGAGCGCCCUCGUUCACUCAGAUAUGACUUAAAAGUUGUUCAACAAAUGAGGGCGCCAUUAAACGGCUCCAUUUUAUGUGCACAAAUUUUUGGGAGAUCACAAUUUUCCAAACUGAUAAAGCUGACGUCAAUGGCUGAUAAAUAUUCAUGUUAGGGUGCGUGAUGUGAUUUGUGAAAAUACGAUGUAUUCUGCAAAAAAAAAUUAAAUACGCGGCCAGUAGCCCUUGUUACAGACAGAAUUUGACACUGUAACAAGUCUAAUUAAUUUGCCUUAUUAGCAUGUGCAUAAAGGCACCGCCAGUUUGGUAGCAUGAGGCACUGUUUAGUGGGCGUGGUCAGAGCCGUAUGUAGAAAGAGUUGCGACAACUUCAGACUGUUGAAACAUUACGGCCGUUCAUUAUUAUACGUGUGCACUGAUGCAUAUAAUCCGCCAUUUCAGUUCCAAACGGCGCGACCCUUAUGUUACAUUUGUACGGCUCUAGGUCUGGUCAGUUCUUUGGACAUAUACAUGACCAUAAUGCUCAUAUGUACGUGUGGCAGGGCAAAAUUUUCCUUGUGUAUACUAUUUU